AGCUGCAUUGAAAUAUUGAUGAAGUUUUUGGAAUCAGAACAAGUCUCGGUCUGGUUUUUGCUUGUCCAACAUGGCGUCUCUGAACGUGCAGUGCACGCGCUCAUGGCGGCGCCAAAGAGCGGCGGCCUGCUGCGUGACCUCCAGGUGGCGCUGCGGGUCAAAAUCGAGGAGUUGUGCCAGAGAGACGCGCUCAUCGACCAGUUGGAACUGGAGCUGGACGCCAAGGACGACCUGGUCCGGCAUCUGCAGGCCGAGCUGGACCGCCAGCGCAGCGCCACCCAGCGCGUCCCCGCCCCCGCGGAGGCGCCAAUCACAGCAGGUGGCGCUCCGCAGCCCGCAGGGCCGGACGAACCUCAGCGCACCAAGAGGCAAGCCAUCUCGGCAGAACCCAGCGCCUUGGACCCGUCCCAGCUCAGUCACGUCACGCUCACCAGCUACUGCAAAACCAAGACGUCCAGCGAGCUGAUCCAGAAGGCUCUGAUGGACAACGACUUCAUGAAACACCUGGAACACGGACAGAUCCUGACCAUCCUGGACUGCAUGCGACCCACCAGCUUGGCCAAAGGAUGCUGCGUGAUCCAGGAGGGCGACGACGGGUCUAUGGUCUACGUUCUAGAGGAGGGCAUGGUGGAGGUCACCAAGGGAGGCAAAAAACUUUGCACCAUCGGACCCGGCAAUGUCUUUGGAGAGCUCGCCAUCUUGUACAACUGCACACGGACGGCCACAGUCACAGCACUGACCGAUGUGAAGUUGUGGGCCAUCGACCGUCAAGGGUUCCAGACCAUCAUGAUGAGGACAGGUCUCAUCAAACACUCUCAGUACACUGACUUCCUGCGCAGCGUUCCAUCUUUCCAGAGUCUCACAGAGGACGUUCUCAGCAAGCUGGCUGAUGUUCUUGAGGAGACCCACUACAGCGAUGGCGACUACAUCAUCCGCCAAGGUGCCACAGGAGACACAUUCUUCAUCAUCAGUGAGGGUCAGGUGAACGUAUCGCAGCAAAGCGCCUCCAGUGGCGAGCAGGCGCCGGUGAAGACGUUGUCCAAAGGGGACUGGUUCGGCGAGCAGGCGCUGAAAGGCGAGGACGUCCGCACCGCCAGCGUGACCGCCAUCGGCGCCGUCACGUGUCUGGUGGUGGACAGAGAGUCCUUCAAGCAGCUGAUUGGCGGCCUGGAGGAGGUCAACAACAAGCAGAGCGAGGACGACGAGGUCAAGGCCAAGCGCCAGGCGGAGGACGACUUCUUCUCCAACGUGACGCUGGGGGACUUCAGCGUGGUCUGCACCCUCGGCAUGGGGGGCUUCAGCCGCGUGGAGCUGGUGCAGCUGAAGAGCCAGGCCGGCCGCUCGUUCGCCCUCAAGGUUCUGAAGAAGCGUCACAUCCUGGACACCAGCCAGCAGGGCCACAUCCUGUCGGAGCGCCGCAUCAUGAUGGAGGUCCACAGCCCCUUCAUCAUCAGGUUGUACCGGACCUUCCGGGACCCCAAGUACUUGUACAUGCUGCUGGAGGCGUGUCUGGGCGGCGAGCUGUGGACGGUGCUGCGAGACAGGGGAUCGUUUGACGACGGCACCACCAGGUUCUACACGGCGUGCGUCGUCGAGGCCCUGGCAGAGCUGCACACCAGAGGGAUCAUCUACCGAGACCUGAAGCCUGAGAACAUCAUCCUGGACCACAGGGGCUACGCCAAGCUGGUGGACUUUGGCUUCGCCAAGAAGGUGGGUCUGGGCAAGAAGACGUGGACCUUCUGCGGGACCCCCGAGUACGUGGCCCCCGAGAUCAUCCUGAACAAAGGUCACGACAGCUCGGCCGACUGCUGGUCGCUGGGAAUUCUCAUCUUCGAGCUGCUCAGCGGGAGCCCGCCCUUUUCUGGUUCCGACCCGAUGAACACGUACAACAUCAUCCUGCGGGGCAUCGACAUGGUGGAGUUCCCCAAGAAGAUCACCAAGAGUGCCACCAACCUCAUCAAGCGACUCUGCAGGGACAACCCGUCUGAGCGUCUGGGCAACCAGAAGAACGGCGUGAAGGACAUCCAGAAGCACAAGUGGUUCGAGGGCUUCAACUGGGACGGCCUCCGCCAAGGCACCAUGGACUCGCCGUUCACGCCCAGGGUGGACGGCCCGCUGGACCACAGCAACUUUGACGACUUCCCCGUGGACACGGAGGAGCCUCCAGACGAGGAGUCGGGUUGGGACCUGGAGUUCUAAACACAUCUUCCGCCAACAGUGCUUUUAUUGUGAAGGGUCCUGGUCAUUAAAAGUUGCUUUUUUCCAAAGUACAUUAAGUGACAUGAU